AUGGCGGAAUCCUCCAAGCAAGGAGAUGCCGAACUAGGCGACGCCGGGCUCACCAAUGAAAGCCACGUUGCUUCCGGAGCUGUUCACGAGGCCAAGAGCACGCCCUCGCAUCCAGGGCUCGAUACGACAGACGGCAAGACGGCCCUGAUAACGGAGGCGAGACAUGCUGCGGACGCGGAGCAUCGCAUGACGCUGCGUACCGCCCUCAGGCUGUACCCCAAGGCGAUAGGAUGGUCCAUGUUAUUGUCUAGCACCCUCAUCAUGGAGGGUUACGACCUUGCCUUGCUCGGCUCCCUUUACGCUUCGCCAGUGUUUAACCAAAAGUUUGGUACACAGAACCCAGAGACCGGGAAAUGGGCCGUGUCGGCAGCAUGGCAGUCUGGUCUCUCAAACGGCGCUCGAGCCGGUGAGAUAUUCGGGCUCAUCUUUGCUGGUUGGGCCGCAGACCGAAUUGGCUACAAGAAUACCACCAUUGCCAGUCUAUGUUUGAUGAUUGUCUUCAUCUUUGUUUUAUUCUUUGCACCAAACAUCAAAGUGCUCGUGGUGGGAGAGAUACUGUGUGGCAUUCCAUGGGGCGCAUUCCAAUCAGUCACUCCGGCAUACGCCGCAGAGGUGGCACCGUUGGUGUUACGCCCUUAUCUCACAACUUUUAUCAACAUGUGCUGGGUCAUCGGCCAGUUCUUCGCCGCGGCAGUAAACAAGGGCUCGGUGAGCCGUACCGACGAGUGGGCCUAUAAGAUCCCCUUCGGCGUGCAGUGGGUCUGGCCGAUACCCAUCCUGGCCGGGCUCAUCUUUGCGCCCGAGAGCCCAUGGUGGUAUAUUCGCCAUAAUAAUCGCGAGGCGGCAAGGAAGAGCUUGCUUAGGCUCACGAGCGCCAAGGACACGAGCUUCAACGUGGACGAGACGAUUGCAAUGAUCGAGCACACGAACCAGAUGGAGAAGGAGAUCAAGGCCGGCACCACAUUCCGCGACUGCUUCCGAGGCAUUGAUCUGCGAAGGACCGAGAUCGUCGUCGGCAUCUGGCUGGUGCAGACCUUGGGCGGACAGAAUAUCAUGGGGUACUUUGCCUACUUCUUGACGCAAGCCGGCAUGGCGGCAAGCAACUCAUUCUCCCUGUCCAUGGCCCAGUACGCUCUUGGGAUGGUGGGCACGGCGGGGUCUUGGUUCCUCAUGGCGCGGGUUGGGCGCAGGACGAUUCACUUCUCUGGACUCUGUGCUCAAUUCAUACUGCUCAUCAUUGUUGGGUCGCUUGCGUUUGCCGGCACUAAUGCAUCCGUCUGGGCCAUUGGGGCUCUGCUGAUCAUCUUUACUUUUGUCUACGACUUUACUGUUGGGCCCGUCACCUAUACCCUGGUGUCCGAGCUAUCGAGCACGAGACUGAAGGCGAAAACCAUUGUGCUUGCUCGCGCGGCUUACAACGCAAGCAACAUCUUCGUCAAUGUGAUGACAAACUACCAACUGAGCUCCACCGCAUGGAACUGGGGAGCCAAAGCUGCGUAUUUCUGGGCUGGGACGUGUAUGCUAAGUGCCAUAUGGGUGUUUCUCCGCUUGCCAGAGCCCAAAGGUCGAACAUAUGCCGAGCUAGAUUUGCUCUUCGAGCAUCAAGUACCAGCUCGCCAGUUUGCCAAAACCAAGAUUGAUCCGUACGCAACGUCGACAACAGCACAUGACCACGCAUUGGAUGAGAAGGAAGCCCCUCAUGAGACCAAAGUGUCGGCAAUCUGA